AUGCACUUCCACCGUCCAGAAGGCGGCAACGAUGUGGUAGCCAGGCUAGUCAAGCUCCAAUGUCGACUGGUUGGCCACGAGACGGAUGAAACACUUCAGCGCGACCUCAGCUGGGCCAAGAGCCAGGCUUUGAGGCACGUUCCCAAAGAUGUGGUGGAUGCCGUCUGCAAGUUAGCGGAGCUGUGCAUGCAAAAGGCAUCGCUGGAGCGCUACGCAGAGCGCAAGCAACCUCUGGUUUUUCUGUACAACUGCACCCUUGGCCGCCCGCUCCACCACUCCCAGAGACUCUCCGAGGAGUCUCGGGCUUUCGUGAGCCAAGUGUUGCAGCCGCUGCUGGAAGCUCCUGAGCGAGCCCAAGGAGUCUGGAAGGUCUGUCUUCACUCCGCGUGGUUGGAGCAAAAUAUGCGAGACUGGGAUGGUGCGCAGGGCGGUCACAUUACAGGGGCAUCCAACGGCUACAAGGCAAUCUGCACGACAGACUCUUCUCUGCUGAUGUUGACGUCGGUUCCAGCACAUAAAAUGCAGGCAUUCGAUAGCAAUCAGGUGGGGAAGCCAUGCUUCUGA